AUGCAGAACUGGCAAACAAAUGGCCAGGCAGGUUCUGCUCAAGGCCAUAAUAAUAAUAUCUGGCCGGGUUCCUAUGGCUUUUCCAAUGGGUCAACCCAGUAUGGUGCUACUCAAGACUGGACCCAGCAGAUUCAUAACCAAAAUGCAUUCACACAUCUCGCACCUCAAGGGAACGGUGCUGAGGAUAGUCCCUUCGGGUCAUCACCCCACCAAGGGCAUGCCGCCGUAGCGACUGAUCAUAAUGGCAUGUCUGCUCUGAGUCAAACCAACUUUCCCAAUGGUCACAGUCAUUUUGGCUUGGAUUCGUCCUAUGCUGAUCCAGGCCAAGACGACCCUCUGGCUGGUCUUCAUGAUUUCCCCCAAGAUAUGUAUGGCCAACAGGGGAAGACUGAUUACAAUGGGAAUAUUGAAAGUCUGAACCACAGUCAUACGCCGGAUUUCUCAAACCAACAGUUCCAGUACAAUGGUCAGGCGAACCAACUUUUCAAUGGGAGUGUCACUCAGUUCAACGAGCCUCAACUCAUGCCUCAGCAUAGCCACCAAAACUCCGCGCAAUUACAACAACAACAGCAACGUUUCGACUCUAUCCCACAGAACUACUCUCCCGCGCCCCAGGGCUACGUUCAAUCGCCGCAACAACACCAAGCACAGCCAGAGAGAGUCUUUUCUCAAUCACCGCACUCCUUCCAGGCCCAGCAUGCUCACCAGCAAAACAACCAAACCUUUUCCAAUCAAACCCCUCCUCCUUAUCAGCCUAAUCAGGCACCCCCUUACCAACAAAACAAGCUGAUGCCUCAGCAAGUGCCCUAUGCGCAACCUGGUGCGCCUGCCUUCCAACCUGUUGCACCAAAACAGAUGGCCGAACAGGCACGCACACCUCAGCCUGCUGUUCAACCACAGCCACAACCUGUGCACCAAGCGAAGGCGAUUUCAAAUGCAGCUCGGUCCAUCCAACCACAACCACAACCUCAACCGUUGCAACAGCAUCAGCAUCAGCAACAGCAACAGCAACAGCAGUACCACCAACAGCAACUGCAGUUACAACACCAACAACCACAGCAUCAGCUGCCACCCCUACAGCCACAUCACCAACCCAUUGCUGCUGCUCCUGCAGUCCAGCCUGAUACGCCACCUGUCGAUCCUGCCGCUCUUCCCGACCAAGUGUCCGCAAAGAAGCGUAAACGCGUAAUCAAGAAGGAAGCUGAGCCGGAGCAGGCAGACUCUCCCAGCGAAUCUACAGUUCGUAGAGGUGACGAUGGAGAGAACCUUAUCUUCCCUUCGAGUACGGAGGAGGAGAUUGCGGCCAUGGCACAUUUCAAGAAACGCAAUGCCGCGGCCAAGAAACAGUUUCCUGCUAUACCGGGAGCAUCAUUCCUCGUCUCAUCUGGUACUGCCAAACUGCCGGCUCCCAAGAGCUAUGACAGACUCGCCCCUCUCGUUGCUUUGCCUUCAAGCAGCGGAAAACGCAUUCUUCCAGAACUUGUCUCUGAUCUUCCUUGCGAAAUUCAAGGCAAGUUUACCGACAAGUACAGGCCAUCUGCGAACUUUGCCGGCAAGCCGGAGGAUCGUGAGACUGAAGCCAGGGCUCUGCUUGAUCAAUACACACAUGAGAUGAAGCUUUUGGGUAACCGUCGGCCCAAGUAUGCCGACUAUCCAUUCACCUUCCAGGAGCAGCUGAAGGCUGAUGAAGCAGCGAAAUCCAAAGCCCAAAGGAAGGCUCGGAAGGAAGAGGAAGAAGAGCGUAAAAAGCCCAUUCGCCCUGAAACUCGACCAGUUGAUCCGGUUGAGGGCGCUGUUUGGGACAUUCUCGGCAUCGUAUACAUCGACCCUGCAGCGACCAGAACAAACGCUCUAAUUGCUAGCGCUGUCCAGGCACUUGGAGAGUUUUUGAUUAAGCUUAGAUCAGAGAUGAACCGAGCGAAACAGGAGGCCGACCAGGCAGCAAAGGAGGGAAAGCCCGCACCUGUCAUUGCUGAGUGGACUCGAAAGACGGACCUGAAGAAGGAAACUUUUACCAAGGUCUGUGAAGCGGCAGCCAAGCAUGGCGACGAAGCAGUGCUGGAAAAUCUGGGUGGUCACCAAAAGGGUAUUUUGAGUUUGGUCAACAUGUUGAUUGGCUGCAUCAAGGCUGCCGAUUUCAACGGACCACUACCAAAAGCCUUGCUUCGAUUCAUGUCUAACAUCAGCAUGUCUAAGAAGGUGGCAGAGAAUGUCAACUUUGAAAAUAUCCGAAAGCGUCUCGCGGACAAGGGUGAUGAUGAGGUUAAGGAGCUCGUUCGCACAAUAGCGUCAAGGAUCAAGAAGGAAACAGACUCAAACAACGGCGUCGAGGUGAAGAAGCCAUCUUCGACGGCGUCAGUCAGCAAAGUGACCAAGCCGCCAUCGAAGGCUGUCGAAGGUUCCCCUGCCAAGAGGGCCCGUGACGACGAGAGCGACUCCCGCGCUGUCAAGAAGGUGGCAGUUGAAUCAACAAGCAGCACCCUAAGUAGCAAACUGGGCGCCAAACCGGCGGCCGGCUCUCUCCAGUCCAAGUUUGGUGCCUCGAAGCCCCGUCCGAACCCUGCGACCACUCUUGCAGGCAAGAUUCGCCCUCCCAAGCCGAUAACGAAGGAACCGACAAAACCGGAGGCUUCCAAGCCCGAGGUUCCACCCUCCACUACUACGCCAAUGGACGUCGACAAAAAGCCGACCACGACAGUGCCCAAGGUGGAGGCAAAGGUGACCGUAACGAAACCUGCUGCGGCUUCGGGUUCGUCACUUUCCAGCAUUGCCUCUCUGUUAGAUUCUAUCAAUACGCCCAAGGCAGAGAGUCAGACAGCACAGUCGAAGGACUCUAGCAAGAAGGACUCGGCCGAAACGCCGGAAGAGAAGGCUAAGCGACUCCGCAAGGAGGCUCGCCGUAAGCUCAGGGUCACUUGGAAGCCCGAGACAGAACUCGUUCAGGUCCGCAUUUUCCAUAAAGAGGCGGCAGAGGACGAAGACAACAUGACAAGAGAUGCGGCGGAUGACCGAUCCGAAGGAAUGAUGCUCAAACAGCGGGCCAACUUUAACGAAGACGAGGAUGACGAUGAUGAGCUGCCUUAUCAACCCUGGGUGCCACCAGUUCUCGCCGACUUGUCUAGCAUUGAUCAUGAUUACCGUGAAAAGUCAUACGUCACCCGCGGUGGUAAUGUGGCAUUUCGCACUGACGAGCAAAAGGCCAUUGAGGAUCGAGAGAAGAAGGAGCUUAUGGUCAUUUACACGGACGCAUCGGACAUUCCUCCUACUCCCAAGUCCCCGCCUCCCGAACCAGCAGUUCCCAACUCGGACGCUAAGAUCGUGCAAUUUCCUCAAGGCGAGUUGAAGUACGACGAGAUCCAUAAAAGAUGGAAGGAGACGCAGCAGUUUGGCUGGGAAGCGGCGGUAUAUUAUGCUCGCAAGCGUCUCGAUGCCAAAGAUGACCCUGCGACUAAGCUCAAUUCCAUUCUGGGUAACCUUAAGCCUGUGGCGCCUGCUGUCACUCCUGAGCCUUACAAUAUGACGCCGCCUGGGGAGAACGCCCAGCCGAUCAUUCUGCCCGCCACUGAAAUGCAGGCUGUUCCUGCCAUACCAUUCGACGAUAAGGUGCAUAGCAUUUUGACGUCCGAUAAGAUGACAAACUGGAGGGACACCAAUCCUUUCAAUGCGGCAGCGCCACAGACGCAACGACGUUUCGAUUACCCGGACGCUAAUACUCAAGCGGCUGCAAACAUGAUUGAAGAAGUCGUUGAGAAACUACGAGGACUACCCUACCCUGCAACCAGCCCGCCCGCGUGGCUGGCUGAUGAUCCAGAAAGGGUCAGGGAGUGGUGGGCUGGGUUCCAGAAGGACACUGCCGCUAAGGCCAAGAAGGAGGCAGAUGACAGAGCCCGCACCGAGGCAGAGGCAGGCACUCAGCAAGCUGCUCCUCAAGCUCAAGAUGGACAGGAAGCGUGGGCGGCUUACUACCAGCAACAACAGCAGUAUGCCCAGUACAUGGCUCUCAUGCAAUCAAUGCAGGGAACUCAGGCCCCGCAGCCUGCUCAGCCCGCACCAGCCCCGACCGCGCAAGGCACACAAUUGGGGGAUGCUCAACUACAGGCAAUCUUGGCCCAGAUGGGUCAACAGCAACAACCUGCCCUGGCCGUGCCGCAGGGUGGUGCUUUCGGCCUCAACACGCAGGAUGCGGGCUAUCAGCAGUUGAUGAUGCUCGCACAAAUGCAGCAACAGCAUCAGCAGCCGCAGCAGCAUCAGCAGUCACCGCCUGUCGAGCAACCUCCCAUCGAGAACGCAUCGGAGAACACGUAUAACAAGCCUCCACCUGGACGGAAACUGAUCGACUACAGCGACCGGGAUACCCGGGAAGACCUUGAUCAGUCACGCGGACGUGAUAGGGACCGCGAGCGUGAGGGUAGAGGCAAGCAGGGUAAGAACCGCAAAGGCAACGCCCCCGGCGGAGCCACGCUUGCUCCUCACCGACCGGUAAACCGCGCACUCAUCGGAACCAAGCCUUGUAGCUUUUGGCAGCAGGGCAAGUGUGCCAGAGGCGAUAAGUGCACAUUCAGACACGACAUCUAA